UCAAGGACAGAUAUUUUAAUUUGGACGUACUUACUUAUUAGAUAGAUAAAAUCAGUUUCAAAGUUCUUUAUAUACCUAAAAAAAACGAUCUUUUAGUCCUUUCCAUCAAGAUGAUUUGGAAGACUUUCAUCUGUGUGAUACUAUGUUUAAAUUUUGUUAGGGCAGAUGAUUUAAUAGUACAAACGUUAAAUGGAAAAGUACGAGGACGAAUGGAAUACUCCCUGAGGAAACCUGGUGUUCCAUUUUAUGCAUUUCAACAAAUACCGUACGGAAAAGCUCCUGUAGGCCACUUAAGAUUCAAGGAACCACAACCUGUUAACUAUUGGUGGGGUGUAUUAGAUGCUACAAAGAACACGAAGACUUGCUACCAGGUGCAAAAUUUUUUAGGUUUGGAAAAACUUCAAACGGAAGAUUGUUUGUUUCUUAAUGUAUACACACCCAAAAAACCAGUUCAUCAAAAGAAUCUACCUGUGUUGGUAUGGAUAUAUGGAGGAGGAUUUAUUACUGGAAGUUCAAACUUUGAUAUAUCAGGACCUCACUAUUUAAUGGAAAAUGAAGUAAUUGUGGUAUCUAUAAAUUAUCGUCUUGGUGCGUUUGGCUUCUUGGCUACUGAUGAUUUAUCCAGUCCAGGAAACUAUGGUCUUAAAGAUCAGAGGCUUGCGCUAAAAUGGAUCCAAAAUAACAUUGAAUAUUUUGGUGGUGAUCCCAAUAAGGUAACCAUUAUGGGAACUAGUGCUGGAGCAGCUUCGGUUACCUACCAUUUCAUGAAUCCAAGGUCAAAGGGUCUCUUCUGGGCAGGUAUAGCUGGAAGUGGAUCGCUGUUAACACCAUGGGCGUAUCAAAAAGACUCCAAGGCUAUUGCAUACAAAUUAGCAAAAGCUAUUAAUCCAUCAUUCAACCCAUAUGCGUCAACUGCUGAAUUGGUAGCGUACUUAAGAUCUGUUCCUGCUGAUGUCUUGAACAACGCCUCUGCGACGGCUGUUUCGGAGACAGUUGGCAACGAACAAAUCGUCCAAGGAUAUUUCUACGCCCCUGUGAUUGAACCGAAACACAGAAAUGCUUUCAUUACAGAAAAUAUGUAUACAGCUGUUGAACAAGGAAAAAUGAAUCAAGUUCCAUUGCUGAUGGGUAUUGAAAGUGAAGAAGGACUAGCUAGAGCUCUGGAUCCAAACUGGACAAGCGUACUUCCUAUCCUCGACAAUGACGUUAAACUUCUCGUCAACCAUAAUAUGCGCAUAAGUUGUAAUAAAACUCUGGAUGAAGUUGGUCAGAAAAUAAGAGAAAUUGUUACGAACGGAUUAUUGCAAAACAAUCACUCAGCAGCAAUUAGGUAUUUCAGUGACAUGUCAUUUAACAGACCCCUUAUUCGUCAUGGUGAACUACAAUCCAAAUUCAGCGAUGUUUAUUUCUACCAAUUUUCCUAUGAUGGUAAACUAGGUUUAGGCGGAAUCAAGAACUACGUAGAAGGCGCAGAUCGGGUACUACAUUCUGAAGACACCAAUUACUUUUUGACUUCUGGAAAUAGGUCCAAUUUGGACACUUACGAUCCUGAAGACAUUCUGACUAGCGACAGAUGGAGACUGUUACUUACCAAUUUUGCAAAAUACAGGAAUCCAACUCCAGAAGAGAGCAAAAUCUUGCAAAAUAUAACCUGGCCCAAAGUACAACCAAACAACUUCGUCUACCUGAACCUCAAUAAUUCUUUGUCUAUUGUACAGGAUCAUCCAAAAAGCAACACUUAUUUCAAAUGGGUAGAAUUAUAUGAGCAGUAUGCUCGAAAACCGUAUAUUAACUUCUAGGAACAGAUUGUUUGUUGUAACUCCUUCUUAAAUAAAUUUUUCUUGUUGUA